CUCCUGAUUUUCAACCAGAAAAGUAUAUUCAGAAGGUAGGUUUCCAUAAGUAUGAUUUCUAUAUAAUCAUCGCUUCUCAGAGGUUCAAAACCAACCAUGCCUUCCUGGCCAAGGAGAUCCACCGCAUGGGGAAGAGAUUCUACUUUAUCCGGACCAAAGUGGACGCUGAUCUGAAAAAUUCUAGACGGUCUCGACCCGACAGCUUCAAUGAGGAACAGGUCCUGAAGCAGAUCCGGGACGACUGUCAGCAGUGCCUGGAGAAAGAGGGACAGAAAAACCCUCAGGUGUUUCUGAUCUCCAACUUUUACCUAUCUCUCUUUGACUUUCCUAAAUUGACAGAAUAUAUGUGUAUCGAUCUCCCACUUGACAAGAGUCAUGCCCUCGUACUGGCUAUGCCAGAUAUCACUGAAAAAGCCAUCGAGAUGAAGAAAACUGCCCUACAGGAAACGAUUGAGCUGGAAUCUUUGAGGUCCAUUCUGCAGGACCCUCCCACCGAACGCACAGCUAAGCUUCAGGAGUGUCUGGACCAUUAUCGCAGCAUUUUUCGGGUCAACGAUGAAUUUCUUCAAAAAUUGGAAGAGGAAAUAAAAAUCCCUCUAAAGAAGCUCAAAGACCUCUCCAAAUCCUCAGAUUUUCUGAAGCUCUUUAAGAACCAUCCGCCUGUCGAGAUGAAGGCAAUGAAAACUCCCUUCCAUUCUGACCCUGAGUUAGGAAAGUCCUUCAGUGAGAACCUAGCCAUCCGUCUCCACUUCCUUGAUGGAGUGGUCAAAGAUGCCAAAAAGAUCUUAAAGAAAGCAGGGGAUCCACCUGAGAAGAAUGCAUCCAUGAUGGAAAGAGUCACAAAGCUACUGAAAUAAAUAUGAAGAAGUAGAAAGCCAGCACACAAUCAACCCACCUACUUGGAAGCUGAGACGUUAGCCAGCCAAUCAUCGAGAUGGCUGAGAGUUUUCUCAGAAAUGUAUACUUAAGAUUUUAGUCGCUAUGUGUUGGGGGAAGGAAAGGGUUAAUGUC